AUGUGGAAGGAUAUCAUGAAAUCUGCUGUUGCGGAACCCAAAGUUUUGGAGGUUAUUAAAAUAGACAAAAUGUUAGAAAGAUUAAAGAAGAGCAAUACUCUUCUUGAACUCAUUCAACAUGGUCUGAAUGAUUAUCUUGAAAAGAAACGUUUGUACUUUCCUCGAUUUUUCUUUUUGUCAAAUGAUGAACUUCUUGAAAUCCUCUCUGAAACUAAGGAUCCUAUGAGGGUACAGCCUCAUUUAAAAAAAUGUUUUGAAGGAAUAGAAAGACUAAAUUUUACUGAGGAUCUAGUUGUGACGACAAUGAUAUCAUCAGAAGGCGAGGAAGUUCCACUUGUGGAUGAUAUUUCUACAGCUGCUGCUAGAGGACAAGUUGAAAAGUGGUUAAAGGAAUUGGAAAUUGACAUGAAGAAGAGUGUGCACAAGAUGAUUAAUGGUGCUUUUGAUGAUUAUCCAGUGAGAGAUAGAGAUUAUUGGGUAUUGCAAUGGCCAGGGCAAACCGUUCUGUGUGUCAGUCAAACAUACUGGACAACUGAAGUAACCGAAGCGAUGAAAUCUGGCUUAAAAGGACUUAAAGACUAUUGUGAUGUAUCUCUGGUUGUCUUAGAUGUUCAUGCAAGAGAUGUUCUGGUUGGGUUAGUGGAUAAAAAAGUAAUUCAACCUUCAGAUUUUCAGUGGUUAUGCCAAUUACGAUAUUACUGGAUUGAACACAGUCCAGGAGAUUUGUUUACUCGCAUGAUUAAUUCAGAAUUAGCUUAUGGCUAUGAGUACUUGGGUAAUUCAACACGUCUUGUGAUUACUCCUUUAACAGAUCGA